AUGAAGUUUCACUGUGAAAGGGUGCUUCAAAAGGUGCAAACCUUUCCUAUUUUGCAAACUACAUCAACAGCUCAUGCAGACAUUCAACUUUCAGAUCUUUUGAGGAUGCCUGAAAGUGACUUGACAAAUUGGCUAUUUGCAUUCAAUCCAAGUAAUUUGGAAAUAUUAUCACAAAGAUAUAUGCUGAUGGUUCAGGUAAGCAUAUUUGACUGCGGUGGGAUCGCCAUUGGCCUGAAUGCCUCCUACAAAAUUUUUGAUGGCAUGUCUAUGUCAACCUUCAUGAACGUUUGGGCAGCCAUAACCAGCAAAUCAUCAGAACAAAUAAGGCCCAUUUUCAUUUCAAGUUCUUUGUUUCCUCCUAUUUCCAAUUUCUCUGAAGAAGCAUCCUUUUUGGUACCCAAUUCUCAGAUGAACACGUGUGUUAAUUAUGCGAUGAAGAGAUUUGUUUUUGAUAGCUCAGCCUUGUAUCCACUUAAAGCCAAAGCAGCUAGUUCAUCUUCCCGAAAACCAAGUUCAGUCAAGGUUGUUACGGGACUUCUAUGA